ACGACGAGGGAGAGAAAAGUUGAAAAGGGGCGGGAAGGUUUGGUUUGUCAGCUCGCGCAUGCGCAGUGCGUCCGUCGCGGCGUAUUUGCUCCACAUUGGCGGAAGGAACCAUAGAGACACAGAGAUGGAGCCGCCGGGAAGAGAGGAGCUAGAUCUGGAAGUAAUGAAGCCUUUAAUAGAAGAAGAACAGUAUUCAGAGAGUGAUGAUGAAAAUAAAAGUGAAUUGCUGCCAGCCGAGAAGAAAUAUCAACUUGAAGAUCAAGAGGGCAUUACGUUUAUCCAAACACUCACACAUCUCUUGAAAGGAAACAUUGGAACUGGACUUCUAGGGCUUCCACUCGCAAUAAAAAAUGCAGGCCUUGUGCUUGGACCAAUCAGUCUUGUGUUUAUUGGAAUUGUAUCAAUUCACUGCAUGCACAUUUUGGUGCGCUGUAGCCAGUAUUUUUCUCAGAGGUUGAAAAAGACACCCUUAGGAUAUAGUGACACGGUUAGUAAUGCAAUGGAAGUUGGGCCUUUUGACUCACUGCAAAAACGAGCAUAUUGGGGAAGGUAUAUUGUUGACUUCUUCCUUGUGAUUACCCAGUUGGGCUUUUGUAGCGUGUAUAUUGUGUUCUUGGCAGAAAAUGUCAAACAUAUUCAUGAAGGGUAUAUAGAACACAAAUCCGGUGCUCUGAAUGCUACAGAAACCCCUAGCCACUCAGAGACAAGUUCCAUUGAUCUGCGGCUAUAUAUGUUGUACUCCCUUCCUUUUAUCAUCCUCUUGGUCUUCAUCCGUGACCUGAAGAGUCUGUCUGUGCUCUCCUUCCUUGCAAAUCUGUCCAUGGCUGUCAGCCUUGUGAUUAUUUAUCAAUAUAUUAUUCAGGGUUUAUCGAUUCCGCGAAACUUGCCUCUGGUGGCCAACUGGAAGAAGUUUCCUCUCUUCUUUGGCACAGCUAUAUUUGCCUUUGAAGGCAUAGGAGUGGUACUUCCCCUCCAGAAUAGGAUGAAAGAUACUGAACGUUUCCCAUUGGCCCUCAACAUUGGUAUGGGAAUUGUGAUGACCUUGUACAUCUCCUUGGCCACUCUGGGGUAUAUGCGCUUUGGGGAUGAAAUCAAAGGCAGCAUCACUCUGAACCUGCCGCAAGAUCGGUGGCUGUACCAAGUGGUCAAGAUUCUCUAUUCCUUUGGGAUUUUUGUGACCUAUUCAAUUCAGUUCUAUGUUCCAGCUGAGAUUAUCAUUCCGUGUGUUGUCGCUAGAGUGCAGCAGAAGCUGAAACUGAUCUAUGAGCUCGUGCUGAGGGUAUUCUUGGUCUGCUCAACUUGUGCUAUAGCAGUUUUGAUCCCGCGUCUGGAUAUAGUUAUCUCAUUCGUUGGAGCUGUAAGCAGCAGCACUCUGGCUUUGAUCUUGCCACCAUUAGUUGAAAUCUUCACUUUCUACAAGGAGAAACCAAGUGUCUGGCUAACACUGAAAGACAUAUCUAUAGCCCUCCUUGGAGUGAUUGGUUUCUUAACUGGCACUUACGUGACUGUUGAAGAGAUUAUUUGUCCUUCUUCCAUAGCUUCUGUCAAUGCUUCAGACACAUCUGGAUGUUUCAAUACUACGCGGUUGACCGUGGGUGCCAAUUAAUAUUUGGAUGACAAAGACUCUCCCAAGUUUGUUAUAUAAUAUAUUUGGAUAUAUUUGAGAACCAAAGAUGACUGAUUUCAAAUGUGAAGGCUGGAGAUGACAGUUAGUUCAAUGGAUUCCUGAGAACCUAAACCUACUCCAGCCCAGUGUCCAAGAUAAAAUUCUCUUAAUUCCUUUAUUUUCUUUUAUCUUAGAAUCAUAGAGUGGAAAGAGACCUCAAGGGUCAUCCAGUCCAACCCCUGUUUUCUCUGACACCUCCCACUUAGCCUUCUCUACGUGAGUUGGUCCCCAGCCUUGAUGCCAACAGAGGCCCUGAGUAUCCCACCUCUCCCUCACUGACAACUACCGGACUGCACCACCUCUCAGUCUGCAGAGUUCUCUGAGACUCUCCCAACCAGAUCUGGAACUCCGAGGAUGCCUCUUACUCGUUGUAGGGCAGCAGUCCAGCCUUCCCAUCCUAAGGAUGACCCUUCCCUUCUUUCCCUUUCCAUAACCCCAUCACCGGACUUCUACCUCCUCCCUCAAUAUCUGCUUCACCCUCUCUUUUAUCUGCUUCCUCUCCUGAUCUUCUCACCAUAUUCUCCAAUGAAGAACACACUAAAGGUCAUAAUAACCUUUAGUGUGUGUUUUUGCAGAUGGGACCAGACAGCAAAACACUAUUCAGUACCAUAUAUGGCCAGCACCGAUUAUGAUGGUCUUUCCUAUCAGAUUUCUUAAUCUUUUGUGUCGCUUCUGUUGGUAUUGUUAACCCCACAGAGGUUAGUAUGACAAAAAAUACAAAUGCACUUUUUAUAGUCAUGGUACUUAGGAGCUUCCAGUGGGUUGUGUGGCACAAAUUCCCAUACAUUUAGCUAUCCUCUCUCCCAACAUUUUCCUUUCCCUUGAAGGCAGAUGACUCUAACAUGAAGUGUAACAGAAUUAACAGCCUUCAUACCAGGAGGCAAUGAGUGAAAUUGAAUGUGCCUGCAAGUUCUUCUAAUGUCUGAAAAGGAGUAUAUCUUAGGAUGUAACUCCUUAUCACAGUGGUGUCUUUACAUGACACAAAACUAUAAAAAUAACCUCUGCUGUGAUGAGAUUUUACCAUUUUUGCUUUCGUUCUUUUUUAGUAAAAACAAAGCCAUAUUCAUUAAUGGCCACAUCUGCUUUUUAAACGAAUUUUCCUCCAUCUCAAUUAAUUGCAGCACUACAGAUCUGCACAAUGUUGUAUUUUUCUAUUUAUUCAUAACUUUACAGAGCAAUUCUAUAUUUGUACUUUAGAGCUAUUUAUUACAAUGGAGAUAUUUCUGCAGAGUUUCACUUUAAAUGGAAAUAACAAACAAGUUACAGUUUUUUUCAUCCAGUUUUUAAGGAAACAGCAUUUUGGUAUUUUGUUGAUGCAAUGGAUUGGAAGAUUUCAUGGGUUAAAUCCAAACUUAGAUCUAAUUCACUGAAAUAAGUAAGAUCUAAUUUAAUCAUGAGCAACCUAAGGUUCAUGGAUUUCAACAAGAUUACCCUAAGUAUUGCAAAGUCUGAGUUGAACCCAGUGUUUUUAGCUGACUGGAAAUGAAUUGGUUUUUAAAUCCUAAAUCCUGUUGGUAAUCCUACAUAGAGAAGCCUGUGUGGUGUAGUGGUUUGAGCAUUGAACUAUGACUCUGGUGACCAGAGUUCAAAUUGCCACUUGGCCAUGGAAACUGACUGGGUGACGCUGGGCAAGUCACACUCUUUAAGCCUCAGAGAAGGGCAAUGCCAACCCCCCUCUGAACAGAUCUUGCAAAAACAAAAACAAAAACUACCCACCAUGAUUGCCUUAGGGUCACCAUAAGUUAGAAAUAACUUGAUGGCAACAAGAACAUCAAAGCAGACUCUUUAAAUCAGUGCCAUUUACUAUGUUUUGCAUUUAUGUAUUGACUCAUCAUUCACACUUUUAUUCAAUUGGUCUAGGUAGGAUUAUGCAAUAGAAUUCAGCUCUAUGUGUUAGUAGGCUGUGCAUGUGAGUCUGAUUCAUUUGAAUUUUUUUGUAUUUUGUUAAGAGUAGGAGCCUUGUGUGCUCAAAGUUUUAUCUGCUAUUCUGCUGCAUCUAAUCCAUAGGAAUUCAACCUCAACAGAAAUUCCAGUGUAGCCAUUGUACAGUUCACAUUUUUCCAAUGUGUUUUGCAUAGAAUGUGUUUCCAGGGAUUAUGGGCAAAAUCAAGCAAAACUGACACAGAUCUAAGCACACAACAUUUUUGUACUCUUCAAACAAGGAUGAAGUGAGAGUUUUAGAUAUUUAGAAAAUUUCCCCCUUUAUUAUCCAUGUAAAUGCUGAAACAACACAGUUCAUAUGGCCUUGCUUGUAUGUCUUUAUUAUCAAAUUUUAUCAUUAUCUUAUGACACUAAGGGCAAGUUUGUACCCAAAUCCAUUUGGUUCUGUUCCCCCUUCUUGAGAUCCAUGACUCCUUGCCCAGUUUAUCUGUAGUUUUUAUAGAAAUAUAUGUUACAGUGAGCAGGUGGAGAGAGGUCUGUGAAUCAAGAUGAUGUGUGUCUGGCUGUAUAUCACUAUGCUGCUCAUACUUCCUGCAGGGGCAGAAUAAUAAUAAAUAAUAAUAAUAAUGUUUAUUUAUAUACCGCUUUGCCAAAUUAGAUCAAAGCGGUGGAAUGGCCUCUGUUCAUAUUCUACUUCUCCCUGAUAAGUGGUAGAUACAUCAGAUCUUAAUAACUCCUUGUUAUGCAUGAUGAUACUAAAAUUCAUAUUGGGAAAGGAACAACAACACACAAUAAUAUUCAAAGACAUAGCCAUGCUAGUCUGGAAAAUCAGUAUGCAAAGAGAUCUUGUAGCGCCUUUGAGACUAAGGCGGGUUACAAACCGCUAUAAAGUACGU